AUGUUUGGGGGUGGCCCCCGCAAGGCAACGGAAGAGAUACAAACCUGCUGCUUCAGCGUCUUCACUCCAAAGGCCGCUCCUUCACCUCUAGUAGCAGCAGCAGGAGCCCUGCAGGGGGCCCCUGGAGAAGCUCGCCGUAGACAGCAGAAGCAGCAGCAGCAGCAGCAGCAGCAGCGGCUCAUUAGCGAGCUGCUAGAGGAGGCUCUGGACGAAUACACCGACGAUGAAGAUGCUGCAGCGCCUAACAGCAGCAGCAGCAGCAGCAGCAGCAGCAAGCCAGCACCGUCACCGGUGGUAGUUCCGUCUGUGUUUGGGAGAUAUCCCUACGAUGGCGCUGCUGCUUCUGCUGCUGAGGUCCCGUCUGUUUUGCUGCGCUGCAGGCGAGCAGAGGAGCAGCAGGAGACGCUGCUGCUGGCAGCAGCAGCAGCAGUCUCUGCUGCAAUGCAAGAGCAGCUGCGCAGCAUCUGCAGAGUCGUGCGAACCCACGCAGCUGUUGGGGCGUUCGAGCUGCUGCAGGCCUCAGCAGCCAGCAGCAGCAGCAGCAACAGCAACAGCCGCAGCAGCAGCAGCAUUAGAAGGGGAGGCAGUGGCCUUUCUGAGUUUCUUCCCGUCGUCAUUAUGCAUGCAGGCGCAGAUGUUGAAGACCACCGAUUGGCAGUGCGGAUGCUGCAGCUGCAGCUGCAGCAGCAAUCCAAGUGCUGCUGCGGUGGCAGGCGCAGCAGCCGCAGUAGCCGCAGCAGCAGCAGCAACAACGACAACCGCGAGGACGAACUCUUCUUACGACAAGUUGUUUUAAGAGCAAGUUGCUGCACCAACGCCCAGGCAGCGCUGCGUGCGGUGUACACGCAGCUCAAGGCGAGCAGCUGCUGCAGCACUUGCAUUGGCCGCAGCAGCAGCAGCAGCAGCAGCAGCAAUGGCACCAGACAAGAGGAGGAAGCGGGAUUGGAUGCAGCAGGAGCCCCGGAAGAGGUUGCAGCUGAAGCUGCUGCCUCUGCAGCUUGGGGAGAGUUCGAGAAUUUAUGCGCGCAGCAGCAGCAGCAGCUACUGCUGCGGUGUCUUGAGGGAGCAGCAGGAGACGACAGCAGCAGCAGCAACGGCGGCAUUGGGGGCCCCACACUUGCUGCAGCAGCAGACGAGGAGGAAGGGGGUUACUGGGGCCCAGACCAAAGUAGCAGAUUAGCGCAGCUCUGGCGUAAGCUGCUGCAGCAGCACAGCAGAGGCUUCUGCUGCAGAUGGAGAAGCAAGGGAGAGGGCCUCGCGGUGCGCACGCGGUCACAGCGGGCAGCAGCACCAGGAAGCAGCAGCAGCAGCAGCAGCAGCAGCGAGAGCUCUUCUGCAGAGAGUGGCGACGACAGCAGCCAUGCUCCUGCGGAAAAGCCCAGCAGCAGCAACAGCAGCAGCAGCAGCAGCAGCAGCAGCAGUGUCUUGGUCGUUGUGCUGGAGGAGUUGGAGGCCUUCUCUCCUCGUGUGCUCUCUCAGCUGCUGCUGCUGCUGUCGCUGCUGCGGUCUGAGUAUGGCGUUCCUGUGGUUGUGCUGGCUUCUGCUGCAGCAUCUGCUGCUGCAGUGCAGCUGCUGCUGGAGCCUGAGGCGCUCAGGCUGCUGCAGCUGGAUGCAGCGGUGCUGCUGCGCCCCUCAGCUGUACACGACGCGUUGCUGCAGCUGCUGCUGUGCUGCCCUGCAAGCAGCCUCUUCGUGCUGCCUGCAGCGGCCAUAGAAGAGCUGCAGCAGCUGCUGCUAGAUCAGGGCGCCUCCGCGCUGCAGUUGCUGCGCAUCUCUCAAAUGCUGCUGUAUAAGUUCUUCUCCGACCACCCCUUCUCCUACCUAGCCCUCGACGCACGUGCUGUGGCUGCUGCAGGCAGCAGCAGCAACAGCAACAGCAACAGCAGCAGCAGCAACAGCCAAGGCAAUGCCGGCGCUGCUGCUGACGCAGCAACUGUUGCUGCUGCGGCUGCUGCACCUAGUGGGAAGGCAGACCUUGAUGUAGUUGAGAGGAGGCUGGCGCUGCUGGCUGCUGCUGUCAUGACGCCGCAGCAGGGAGAAGUGUUGCUGCAGCAAAUAGCGAAGUUUCGGUUGCUGCAUGCGGAGCUGCGCGCAACAGCAGCAGCAAAGCUCGAGGCUCCGUGCUGCAGAGCGUGGAAGGCGCAGCGUCAGCUGCAGAAGCAGCAGCAGCAGCAACAGCAACAGCAGCAGGUGGAGGGGCAGGAGGGAUGCACAAAGACCCCAACGUGCGCACCCAUAAGAAAGGCUCUUAAGCUGCUGCAGCAUUGGUGGGACUCUUCGGGUGUAUCUGCAGCAGCAGACGAGCAGCAGCCACUCAGCAGACGGCGCGCUGCGCUGCAGCAGGAGGUGCUUCCUGCUGCUGCAGUGCAGGUGCUAGAGCGACGCAUAGCAGCAGGUAUAGGCAUGCGGCUGCUGGUGGUGCUGCAGCAGCACGUGCUGCUGCAGCGGCAAGCCUUCGCUCUCAGUGUAUCGGAGUCUGCUGCUACUCUCAGCAAUCAAGAAAGCAGCAGCAGCACGUUGCGAGCGGUGGAGUUGCUGUUGCAGAUAUUAGGGGGCAGCAGCAGGACCCCAGGCUACCACGACUAUCUGCUGCAGGGGAAGCAGCUCUCUUCUGCUGCUGCUGCAGCACAAGUCGUCAGCCCCAUCUGCGAGGAGCUGCAGCGGAUCGCUGGGGCCUGCGUUUCUGUGGGGAGUUUGGUGUCUACGUUGGUAGCAGAAGCACUCAAUGCUGCUGCGACAACGCGUCAAGUUGCUGCAGUGCCGCAUGCGCUGCUGCUCGCGCUGCAGCAGUUCAGCCGCCAAACAGCGAGAGAGUGGGCCCUGCUGCUGCAGCUCGAGACCCGCAUGCAGCAGCAGCAGCAGCAGCAGCAGCAGCAGCAACGGACAGGAGAAAUCGGCAAAGCUGCCGAGCUCCUCAAGAAGAUGAACCAACUCAUGGAGAAGCUGCAACUUACUUGCCACCAGCAACAGCAGCAACAACAACAGCAGCAACAACAGCAGCAGCAGCAGCGGGGACAGCAGCAGGCUGCCCCUGCGUUUGUCUCUGGGCUUGCGAGGCGCGCCAGCACAGCGCCUUUUUCGGUCUCCGGAGGCUUUGGCAGCAGCAGCAGCAGCAGCAACAGCAGCAGCAGCAGCAUUGACAGCACCUUCUGCAACCAAUUUCAACGGUGGGCGAGGGAGUGUUUGAUGUACUGUGUGCUCCCACUGCUGCAGUGGCAUCCUUUAGGGUGCGAGUUAGGUGUAUGGUCCUUGUCUGCUGCUGCAGCAGAGCAGCCGCAGUACUUUGCUGCAGCACUAGCAGCACCUAAAGCCCCCAUACACCGCGCAGAAGCAGCAGCAGCAGAUACCGUAGCCAGGUUGCUGCCGCUGCGGCCUAUCGAAGUUUUGCAGGAGCUGGCCUGCCUCAGCGGCAGCGCCCUGGAAUAUCAUCAGCAAGCAGCAGCAGCAGCAGCAGCAGCAGCAGGAGAGACUGUUGCUGCUGUUGCUGCUGAUGAUACGAGCCUUGUCUACCGCCGCAUUUCCUUCGGAAGCCGCCGCAUUUCCCUUUGGUCUCUGUUUUGUUACUUCUGCGCCGACGUAGUUGAGGUGUAUACGCAGCAGCAACUGCGUACCCGCAAGCAGCAGCAGAAGCAGCAGCAGCAGGUGCAGAAGCAUGCCUCUGUAUCCUCCGGAGCCCCCCACCGGCCUGCAAAAGCCUCUAAGAGAGCCGCAGCAGCCGCAAAGGAGACAAUAGAAAAUGAGAUAGGCCAAGAGGAGACAGGGGAGAAGAAGAGAGCAGAAAAGGAGACAGCAGAAAGAGAGGGUUUGCAUGCGCUGCAGCGAGAGGCUGAAGCAUCUCUUUCUUGCCUAAGCAACCAAAAGCCGUCGCUACUGCAGCACCUCUUCUUGCGUUUCGGCGUUGCAGUCUGUACACUAGGGCAUUUAGGGCUUGUUAGAGUGCCGGGUUGCGGCAUCUCUACAGAGGAAUUGGUGCUGCGCAGCGCAGCAGACGCGGAGGCAGCAGCAAAUGAAUUUGCUGCGCAAGGCCAGGAAGAAGGGUUGCAGACAGAACCAGAAGAUUACCCCACAAGGGCAGGAGACAAACAGCAGCAAGACUACCAGCAGCAGCAGCAGAAAGGCGGGCAUCAAAACUCGCAACAGGAGAACGUCGCCGCUGCUGUCUGUGAAGAGGCGCUGCAGCUGCAGCAGCAGCUGGAAGGCCUCUACCUAACGCGGUGCUUCUUCGGUAGUGUUUAUCUCCCUGAUCAAUAUGAAGACGAUGGUGCAGCACGAAGCCAGCAAAACACCAAAUCCGACCAGCAGCAACAGCAGCAGCAGCAGCAGCAAGAACUGCAGCAGCAGCAGCAGCAGCAGCAGCAGCCGCGGCAACGGCAGCGCAAGCAGCAGAAAGGUUAG